CGAGAUAAACAGAAACAACUUCCGCAGUAAACUUCAUUUUAAAAACACCGAUUCACGGCGAGGGGCGGUAUAGGUGAAGUCUUCCAAACAUGGGUCACUGCGUUUUUCUCAUUUUAGCGGCUUUAUUUACCGUCGCAUCGACACAGUUUGUACCGCCGUUCACAGAAGACUGUCGGACCGAAAUGUAUCCACCAAAGGGUCCCACGUUCAGUGGAGCUGUCAGUUGGUACACGGUGGACCUCGACUUGCCGCCCAGCAAGAGAUGGACCUCCGUGAUUACCGCCAAAAAAACAGAAUUGAUCAGCAUGAUUCAGGCCAUCAAAGACUUGGCCGAUGCCUUUGUGCCCAGCGGGAGGCUGAUAGAGCUGGUCGACAUUACGCUGCCACUGAUGGUGGACACACUCCCAGACCCUUUUGGUGAUGAAAUCAAAGGAAUUGCAGCUGUCUCAGGGGCCCCUCUUGGCGAAGUCGUCUUGUUCAACAUCUUCUAUGAGGUGUUCACUGUGUGCACGUCAGUUGUUGCAGAAGACGAUAAGGGCAACCUCAUUCAUGGAAGAAAUCUGGAUUUUGGAUUAUUUAUGGGCUGGGAUGUGAAAAACAAGUCAUGGAUCAUUAGUGAGAAGCUGAAGCCUCUCGUGGUCAACCUCGACUUCAAGAGAAAUAACCAGACCGUCUUCAAGUCUACAAACUUUGCUGGAUAUGUUGGCAUGCUGACUGGCAUCAAACCUCACAUAUUCACUCUGACUAUGAACGAACGCUUCAGCCUCGAUGGAGGAUACAUCGGAAUCCUGGAGUGGAUCUUGGGGAAGAGAGAUGGGAUGUGGAUGAGCUUUCUCACCCGCUCUGUCCUGGAAAAUGCCCACAGCUAUGAGGAAGCCAAAACUCGCCUGGCUCAGACCAAGCUGCUGGCUCCGGCCUACUUCAUCCUCGGAGGAAACCGCACAGGCCAGGGCUGCAUCAUCACCAGGUCCAGACUGCUCAGUAUUGACAUCUUGGAGAUUGACCUGAAGCUGGGCCGGUGGUACGUCCUGGAGACAAACUACGAUCACUGGAAGGAGCCUUUGUUCCUGGAUGAUCGCAGAACUCCUGGCAUGAAAUGUAUGAACCAGACCACACAGAAAAACAUCUCACUGAAGACCUUGUAUGAUGUCCUCUCAACCAAGCCAGUGCUAAACAAGUUGACGACAUACACGACACUGAUGCAAGUGUCUGAGGGAAAACUGGAGACGUAUAUCCGCGACUGCCCAAACCCCUGCAUGCCCUGGUAACAGUUCAGCCACUGAACCCUGAACCCACUAAACAAACCGCGAUAGAGACGAGCUCGUCUCACCUCGUGACAGCAGUUGAAGCUGUUCCGUUAAAUGUUUGCACAAGCGACCAAUCACGUGAACCAAAGUUUGUCUCGACAUCAUUUUGACAUUUGUGCGUUUUGUUUUGUUUGUUUUUUGCUGUAAUUAUGUAAUUACUGUAAUUAUGUAUGUAUUAUUUACAAGAUGAGUCUAUCAGUGGAGCUCAGUGCAGGGAUACGAGGGACACCUGAGAUGAAUGCUUGUAUCCAAGUUAAUUCAUUUAAAAUCUCCAGCCCACACUCACCUUCUGGCCCCGCUCAGCCUGUUUUCUUUUUAUUUAGCUGUUGACAACAGUUACAGGUACUGACUCGAUUGACCAUUUAACAUAAAGAUACUAUUAAAUGUACCGUCUAGGUGACCAUUUUCUUAUUUUUAACGAUUGCUAAUAAAAGGAUUCCCAUA